AGAGAGCAACAAAAAUUAGGAGGAAGAAGAAAGAAAGAGAGAGAGCAAGAGGUGCUGUGUGCAGCUGUGCCAAAACUUCACUGACCUCCCUCCCCCAAACCUACCGCCCCCGCCCCUCCUUCACACGAGCGUGUCCAUCUGUCCGUCUCUCAGUCCCAGUCUCAGUUAGGUGCAGAACUGAUCUCCAAGACGGUCAGUGCCUACUGUGUUAGGGCAAGACUGCCAGCGUUACUAUAGCAACAUGGCCCCGAAGAAGAAGGCAGCCCGCCAGAAGAAAGUGGAGCUGGAGACCACAGUGGUGGAGGGCGGGGUGGUGGUCGUGGAAGGUGUCAAGAAAAUUGGGGAGGUGCUAAACAUCGAGCAGCUGAACCGGAUGAACGGCCUUCCACUGUCGCUGCCCAUCCCGGCGCCGGGGGUGAAGGGGCUGGGCCUGGGCAGCGAGCUGACCCGCCCGCUCCACGGCUCCGCCCUGCUGGAGGAGCUGAGCCGCAUGCGUCAGGAGCGCUUCCUCACUGACCUGGAGCUGGCCAGCAAGACCAAGGCCUUCGACGUGCACAAGCUGGUCAUCUCUUCCGUCAGCCACUACUUCCGCGAGCUGCUGGCCAAGGACCCAGGGGUGAAACGCGUGGAGCUGCCCACCCUCUCGCCCCUCGGCCUGGCCAAUGUGAUCACCUUUGCAUACUUGGGGCGGGUCCACAUGUCCCUCUACACCAUCGGCUGCACCGUGUCAGCGGCCAGCAUGCUGCAGAUCCCACAGCUGCUCCAGAUGUGCACGGACUUCAUGCUGGCCGAGCUGAACGUGCAGACGUGCGUGUACGUGUGGAACAUGGCUGCCGUGCACGGCCUGGACGAGGUGCGGGAGGCCGCCCGCCGGUUCGUCCUGGAGAACUUCGCCCAGUUCGCCGACACGCCCCAGUUCACCCAGCUCACCCUGGAGCAGGUCACCGACUUCCUGGAGGACGAUGGCCUCAUCCUCCCCUCCGAGCUCACUGCCUUCCAGAUGGUCAUGAAGUGGCUGGAUUUCGACCCCCAACGCCAGGAGCACGCCGCGGAGCUGCUGUCCCACGUGCGCUUCGAGACCAUCCCGGCUAGCGAGCUGGUCAGCGAGGUGCAGCCCGUGGCCCGAAUGAUGCAGGACCCUCAGUGUCACCGCCUGCUGGUCAAAGCCAUGAACUACCACCUGCUGCCGCACCAGCAGAACGCCCUGCAGUCCCGCCGCACCAGCAUCCGGGGGGGGCAGAAGGUGCUGCUGUCCGUCGGGGGCCGGCCCUCCCUCACUGAGCGCGCCCUGAGCCGGGAGGUGCUGUGGAGGGAUCCGCGCGAAGGCGUGGCCACCUGGCGCCACCUCACCCAGCUCCCAGCCAAGAGCUUCAACCAGAGUGUGGCAGUGAUGGAUGGGUUCCUGUACGUGGCCGGGGGGGAGGAUCAGAACGACGCGCGCAACCAGGCCAAGCAUGCAGUCAACACCCUCAGCAGAUAUGAUCCACGCUUCAACACCUGGAUACACCUCAGCAGCAUGCGUCAGCGCCGCACGCACUUCAGCCUGGUGCCCAGUGGGGGGCGCCUGUAUGCCAUCGGGGGGCGGAACGUGGAGGGCCUGCUGGCCACCACGGAGAGCUACGUGCCCUCCUCCAACAGCUGGCAGCCGCGCGCUCCCAUGGAGCUUCCGCGCUGUUGCCAUGCCAGCGCCGUGCUGCCCUCCGGAGACAUCCUGGUGACCGGGGGCUACAUCAACUGCGCCUACUCCCGCUCGGUGGUGAGCUACAGCCCCGAGACGGACAGCUGGAGCGAGCGGGCCGGGCUGGCCACGCCCAGAGGCUGGCACUGCGCGGCAGCCCUGGGCGGGAGGGUGUUCGUGGCGGGGGGCAGUCAGCUGGGCCCGGGGGGCGAGCGCGUGGACGUUCUGUCGCUGGAGGUGUUCUCCCCGGAGAGCGGCGAGUGGAGCCAGGCCGCGGCCCUGCCCAUGGGGGUGAGCACGGCCGGCCUGUCGCCCCUCGGGGACCAGCUCUACCUCCUGGGAGGGUGGAACGAGGCGGAGAAGCGCUACAAGGCAGCCGUCCAGCGCUACGACCCCGGCACCAACAGCUGGUCCGGCGGCGAGGAGCUGCCUGAGCCCACGGUGGGAGUGUCCUGCUGCACCCUGACCCUGCCCCCACGCCACACCUCUCGCAGGCAGCGCCACGCCCCCGGCCCAGGCUCCACCCACGAAGAGCACCCAACACGGGACGGCAGUAUUCCACCACAACCUACCAGUGGCUGAGAGAGAAAAAGAGAACAGGAGAGAGAAAAAGGGAGAGGGGAAGAAAGAAAGAAUGAGAAAGAAAGGAGGGGAAAGAGAUUUUGGAUGGAAAACAGAAAGGAGGAAGGAGGGAGGGUUGAAUGAAAGGAACAGGCGACUGUGUCAUAGUGGUAGUGAAUGUUACACUGUAUCAUAAUUAAUGAAUGUAAGUCUGAGGUAGUUUUAGAGUGAAUGAUGGAGAAAAUGCGUGCGUGUGAGUUUCUAUUUAUCCUGUUCUUUGGCAAACAAAACAAUACACGGCCAUGACAGUUGCAUCUGGUCUUCACACAGAUUCAUCAGUUUUCACUAUUUCACAAUUAUUUAUUGAAGUAAUUUCUUGUACUGUGAUUAACCUAUUUAACUCAAGGAAAGUUUGAGAUAGUAGCUUAGUUUAAAAGCGGUGGAAAAAGAAAAAAAUAUGUUUUAAUAUGUGCAAUGAAGCGUUGGUUUAGUACAAGAGGGUGAGGGAGGGAUGGAGGGAUAUGAGAUGAUGUGCGAGGAGAGUGGAAACGACACUGUCCACAGACAAUACAGACAGACACAGGUUAGAAACAGAUGUGGACACUUUUAAUCCCCAAAGUAUUCUGACCCUCAUUCUAAUUCUAGUCCCCCACCCCAACAGGAGAGAUACUACACACAAACUCCACAACAACCAAAA